AUUUGCUCACCACGCCCAGCACCGCAGCUAGUCCAUUGCAUUGACGCCUCGAUCAGGGCUAGCGACGGACGAAAGAAAGCUCUGCAUGCAGCGCCUCGCCGCCGCCGUCGUCCCCAGCCUGGUGCCGCCGCUCGACCUGUCCAUGGCCGCCUCCGCCGCUGCCGGCUGUUUUCCAGCAGAAGCAGCCGGCAGUAGUAGCCGGACGACGACGUCGACGCCGACGCCGACGCGGCGGCCAUUAUUAGCGCAGCCGCCGUGGCGGGUGGUGCUACUGACGCUCCUGCUGCUGGCGCCGAGCUGCUGCCAGGCGACGCGAGGCAUGCAGCCGUUCAGGGGCAAGCCGCUGCGGCCAGGCACCGCCAACCAUUUCCUGGGGUUCUUGCCGCGGGGACCGGCGCCUCCGUCCGGCCCCUCGCGGCAGCACAACUCCAUCGGAGCGCAGGAUCAAAGCCAUCCCUGACGGCGACCGCAGGACUGAAGCGUGGAAGAAGCAGGGCCGCCGUCGUGUCGAUGUUCGGAUCCGAGGAGUAAGAUCUCCACCAAAUCAAGAGAGUUCGCAUCACCAUGGAUUAGGUUCCUUGUCAAAAGGUUAAGCUCGUAGUAUUGAUUAUUUAGCUAGUUUCGUAGCACUAGCAGCAAUAGAUGUAUACUCGGAGAGGGAACGAAGAAAAGGCACGUUCUUUGUAGGACGAUGUACAUGAGGCUAUAUUUUUUUUGUUGGGGAUGGGUGUGGUGGCGUCUC